UUUACAGACCAUAUUCGUAGUUCAGUUAAGUUGCACUUUUGUUCAAUAUAAUCAUUCAUAAGCUUUUGGAAGUCUGUAAGUAAACAAAUAAUCAGGCUUGUCUUAGUGUGAAAGUCUUAGUACUUAGUAGAAGCUUUAGUUCAAUAUAAUGUGGAAUCCCAAGUUAUUUGUUUUGGUCGUUACGACCGCGCUUGUAUUUGCAUGUAUUGUGGAGGGGCGGAUUGCACGAAGUGAUCUGGGCCUCAGCCUCGGCGGAGACGGAGGCUUGGGUGUAGGGGUAGGGUUGGGCGUGGAGGCAGGCCUAGGUCUGGGUGGAAGUGGAAGCGGUUCUGGCUCUGGGUCUGGUUCCGGUUCUGGUUCAGGAUCAGGUUCAGGAUCAGGAUCGGGCUCAGGCUCAGGAGCGGGUUCUGGGGCUGCUUCUGGAGCUGGUUCUGGUGCGGGGUCAUAUGCAGGUUCGGGAGCAGGCAGCCAUGGCGGCGGUCAGGGUGGUGGUUCUGGGAGUGGGUACGGUGCAGGUUUUGGUAGUGGGCAUGGUGAAGGCGGUGGCAGCGGCUAUGGUUCGGGGUCUGGGUCUGGUAGUGGGUAUGGAGGCGGUUCGGGGAGUGGCUCGGGUUACGGGGCUGGGUCGGGAUCUGGCGCCGGCAAUGGUGGAGGAGGUUACUAAAUUCAUGCCACAGUUUGCCUGCAUUAGACCUAAAUAAGUCUCCGUGUCGUGCAAUGCAUUGUCACUGUGUGCACUUAAAUAUAUAGAAAUAAUAACCUAUAAUGUUAUCUUAAUGGCAGAUUUCCUUCCUUGUGUUAUGUUGUUUCUCUCUGAGUAUGUUGUCUCCUCUCUUAUAUGCAAAUAUCUAUAACAGUGUAUACGAGACAUAUCUUUUAAACUGAUACGUUUCUCUGUAAAGCUGAGAAAUGUAAAUGUCACAAAAUUACCGAUUAUGUU